UGCGGUCUGACACCAGGAGCCCCGUCCAGCCUGCCCGGUCUUAUGCCCCUCGGUCCUGCAUGUACUGCACCCACCACCACCCUCCGAGGCCCCCCAUCCUUGUCCGUUUGUUCUGAAACCACCGCCUCCCGACGUAAAUCUCGUUUGCUCAUCCUGAGCGCCGAACAUCACCGCGCGACAGUGAACGCGUCGGAUAGGCCACAUACAGCCCCCCGACUCCCAGAGAGCACAGAAAUCGCCGCCCUGCGCGAUGUCGUCCAGCAGCUCUCUCGUGAACCGGUCAAAACGCCGGCAUGCGCCGCUUUCGUGCGCGGAAUGUAGACGGCUUAAGCUUCGGUGCUCGAGGGUUUUCCCGUGUGCUAGCUGUGUUAAGAAGGGCUGUGCUGCUAUUUGUCCCGAUGGCCACCUCACCACCGGCAAAGGAAAUAGAUUUGUUCUGGCAAAUACGGAAGCCUUGCACGAUAAAAUCACUCUGCUCUCGUCCCGAGUAAGACAAUUAGAAGACGCACUAGAGGAAGCCCACGCAAAGGCAUCUCUUGAACCACACCAUCUACUUACAGAUGAACUCCGACAAAUCAAGAGACCGCUGGAAAGGGAAAGUCAAGAAGAAAUGCCCCAAGCGGCCGAUACCGAGGCAGCGGAGGUGAUCGACGCCGUAGGAUCUCUUUCGAUCACCGACUCGGGACACACAAAGUUUUACGGCAUGGCCGCGAACGCUUGGUAUCUUCUACAGAACGAAGAAGGCGACGAGGACCCUAUCGAAAACACGCAGUCGAUCAUUCCUACCACCCUUCCUUGGCUUAGCUACACCUUCCCCCUUGGUGACAGUAUAAAAGUUCCAGACGUCCGCACGAAUCUGCUAGCACUUCUGCCAGACAUCAACGAAGCCCGUCGACUAGCGAGCCUCUAUUUCAAGCAUGCCGCUUGGAUGUAUACGCCUAUCCCCGAGCCCGAGUUUCACGGCGCCGUGCUGUCGCGCUUGUACGACUACGAGAACACGGGGUUGGCUGACCAAGAUCCGGACUAUUCGCACAAGAUGUCGGUCCUCUUCAUGGUGUUUGCCAUGGGCAGCCUCCUCGAUCUGGACAAAUCGCCCUCGACCGUGACGGGCGACGCGGCACGAUAUUAUCAGCUAGGCCGUGCCGCAUUGUCCCUCGACUCAAUAUUGGAGCACCAGACGAUCCCGGCUAUUCAGGCCCUGAUCCUGAUGUGCCAUUUCAUGUUUCUCUCAAAUAUAGACGGUCCUCGCUGGGUUGUGAUGGGUCUGGCGACCAAAUUGGCACUAACUCUCGGGCUGCACCGUGACGGAAACAAGUGGAAUUUGGAUCCCGACGAGGCCUUCAGGCGGAGAUCGUUGUUUUAUGAGCUGGUCACGUACGAUUCGUGGCAGAGCAUUACGUUCGGUCGACCGCCUUCGCUGUCGAUGGCGUUUAUCGAUUGCCAGCUGCCGCAAGGGGCCAUGACCAAGACCGAUGGCGGCGAGCCUGAGAUGAGCUUCGCGGCAUGGAAGCACCGUUUCGCCGCACAAUGCCAGAGCAUCGUGAACGAACAGGUGUUCGGCGCGCGCAUGCCCAGUCACCGGCAGCUCAUGGAGCUCGACAAGAAAAUCCGCGAGUUCUACCUGCCGCCCUCCCUGCGCGUCCGCGGCUUCGGCGGCAUGAAGGUCGAGCCGCCCACGCCUCCUACAUACCAGCAGGACCUGCAGAGCUACUGCGCGUUCUCCAUCCGAGAAAUUACGAUCUUCUACAUGCACCGGGGAUUCUUCGCGAGCGCCCUGCAGGAGCUCCCCGACGACCCGCUCGGCCACAAGUACGCGCCCUCCGUCUUGGCCGCAUAUAACAGUGCGUGCUCGUACGUCGGGCUGAUCAAGAGCAUGUACUCGCAAUACCCGAAGUUGGUCGAGCGCAUGUGGUUCUACUUGACACAUGUAUUCUCUUGCGGGAUCGUCCUUGGCGCCAUUGCGUCUAAGAGCCCGGGGAUGAAACUCGCACGGAGCGCACAGGCCCAGCUUGAUACUGCCCUCGGGCUGUUCGACGCUGUACGGCAUGAUCCCCGCGCGGCGAAGGUGUUGCCUGUCCUGUCGAAGCUCAAAGCACGGGCGGAGGCGUCGAUGCACGAGUUCCACACGCAGUCGUCAGCACAUCGGACCGUCGCCAGCGCCCAGAGCAUGAAGGAGGACGACGAGCUCGGUGCGCUACAGGGCAGGACGCGGCUCGUCUCCCGGAAGUCGCCCGCGGGCUCCACGCCGAGCGACAGCGGGUCGCAGAGCGGCUCGAGCCCGCGGGAGCUGGCCGAGCACUCGCCAACGGUCACGUACGCACCCCCCGUGUCUGACUUCGGCCCGUCUAUGUCUACGGGCAUGCAACACGCGAGCACGUCGUGGCAAGGCUACGCGCCUCCCCAGGACGCCUACGAGCGCAGCGGAAGCUACGAGCACGAACAACAAGAUGGCUACGCGCCCGCCCAGGACUACGCGUAUCCUCCGUACCAAUCCUACGGUGAUAUGUCUGGCUACUGGCAGGCUAUGCCCGACCCCGGCAUGAUGCACACUGACAUGGGGAGCUCCUCCGCGCACGCGCCCAUGGCUCACUCACCCAUGAAUGCCGGUAUGGCGCCCUGCGACAAUCAACACCAGCCGGUCUACGCGCAGUAUAACCCCGUGACGGAUGCUUACACGAAUUACAUGCAGGGCGGCCAUGGAGGGGUGCCCAGUCCGAUGCAACCUGACGCGUGGCACAAUCUGGUCGCGCAGUUCAACGGCUAGAUGCUUAGAGAAUGAUAGGACGGAUGUAUUGCGGACAGAAUGCUUCGUUUCACUGUAUGUAUAGGUAUUUCCACCGCUCUGUAUCAUGAUGUUGCUGUAAAUGAUGCUCUCCUGCUUUGUCGUCGUAGGGUGCCUACAUGUAUAUGAUUUCUUGGUUGAAUGAUAUGCUUCUAGAUCUCCGCGUGGGAUGCUGUUGAA